CAGCUUGGCGGCGGCCCCUCCGCUCCCCAAGGCGCAGGGCCAGGGCCAGAUUCCUCUUCUCUGCGCCGGCAGACCUAGCGGAGCCAACAUGGAUCCCGGCACGAAGAGGACCGCGGCGGAGGAAGGGGACCCGCUGCAGCCCCCGGAAGAAGAGGAAGAAGUGGACCCCAGGAUUCAAGGGGAACUAGAAAAGUUGAAUCAAUCUACAGAUGAUAUUAAUCGGAGAGAAACAGAGCUUGAGGAUGCACGUCAGAAAUUCCGUUCCAUUCUGGUUGAAGCUACAAUAAAACUGGAUGAACUUGUGAAGAAGAUUGGGAAAGCUGUAGAAGAUUCAAAGCCUUACUGGGAAGCCCGAAGGGUUGCCAGGCAGGCUCAGCUAGAAGCUCAGAAAGCAACGCAAGAUUUCCAGAGAGCAACAGAGGUGCUACGGGCUGCUAAGGAAACCAUUUCUCUUGCAGAGCAGAGGCUGCUGGAAGAUGAUAAACGUCAGUUUGAUUCUGCCUGGCAAGAGAUGCUCAACCAUGCUACGCAGCGGGUCAUGGAGGCAGAGCAGACAAAAACUAGAAGUGAGCUGGUACAUAAAGAAACGGCAGCCAAAUACAAUGCUGCCAUGGGCAGAAUGAAACAGUUGGAGAAGAAGCUGAAAAGGGCUAUCAACAAAUCCAAGCCUUAUUUUGAACUCAAAGCAAAAUAUUAUGUACAAUUAGAGCAAUUAAAGAAGAUAGUGGAUGAUCUGCAAGCAAAAUUGGCUUUGGCAAAGGGUGAAUACAAAACAGCCUUGAGGAACUUGGAGAUGAUCUCUGACGAGAUCCAUGAGAGGCGGCGAGCUUCCUCAAUGGGACCCAGAGGAUGCGGUGUUGGUGCUGAAGGCAACAGUACUUCAGUAGAAGACCUUUUGGGAUGCAAGUUGGAGUCAGAUAAUAUUUCCAUGGCAUCAGAAGUGUUUGAGGAUGACAACUGCAGCAGCUUUGUGUCUGAAGAAGACUCUGAAACCCAGUCUCUGUCUAGUUUCAGUUCUGGUCCAACAAGCCCUUUUGAUAUACCAGCUCAGUUUCUUCCAGUGACUCGACCUAGAAGCCUGGAUUUGUCUAGCCCUAUAUCGCUAUCUGAAUUUGGGGUAUUUCCUCUAUUAGGACCUCGCAGUGAAUGCAGUGGGGCAUCCUCUCCUGAAUGCGAAAUUGAAAGGGGUGACAGGGCAGAAGGAGCUGAGAACAAGAUACUUGACAAAGUGAAUAAAAACCGGAGUGUUGGCAGCAGCUCUUCUUCCAGUGGCCCAGUGCUGGACAAUAGGUUGAAGCAACUGUCCCUACAAUGCCUGAAAGUCAAAGAUGGGAUUUGUGCAGACAAACAAAUCGUACAAAUUGGGUGAAGUAAUGCCCGGGGGCUACUGAGAAAUCUAAUUUAUUUAUACACAAAUGUUUUCUGACUGUCAGAACCUUGUGCCAAUAACUAAUACAUGCCAAAACUUUAAGCGUUUACUGCACCAAGAGUUACAUCAUUGCUGAGGGCUGAAGUAUGUGUGUGCAUUAAACAUAAAACAAAUCUUGGUCAGGACAGAAAUUUGUCACAAACGUCAGCUGUCCUUGCAACCCUUGUCAAGACAUUUUGUACCAGUUUGGCAGAAGCAAUAACUAGCACCACUUCUCUGUGAAGUUCAGUGCCACUGAGGCACUCAGGGCAAAUCCAAGUCUGGGAGGAUUGGCUGGUGUCUGUUUGUGAAUUGAGCUGCUGUUUAAUGCCAUAAAAUUCCGAGACGCCAGUGGCAUAUCCUUUGAAAUACCUUGUAUUAUAUUUUUGGUUACAAAAGGAAGCUGCUGCAUGUAACAGAACUUAAGAUACCUUCAGUCUUCCUACAGAAUUCAUGAGUGUUGAUACAUUAUACCUCAAAGGUAAUUUAAAUGUUAAUAUUGAUGCACAGGAUCCUUUUAGCUUUUUACAUGGGUGGGGAGGGUGGCGGUGGGAGGUAGUUUUGGUUUAUAUGUACUAUGAUCAAAAUGAAAUGGACAGUGGAAUCAUUCAUGUAGGAUGCCACUUUGUUGUGAAGUACCAAUCAUGAUAAUCACUAAGCAUGGACCUGAAGAUUCCCCCUCCUCCCCCAAGUAUAAAAGAGAAAUGUGCAUGAAUGGAAUAGUUGCCAUAGGAUUGAAGUGGGGAGUACUUUCUAGUAUCUCUACAUUAUUAAGUAUAGCAUUUUUAGAGUAGUGAAAGAGAGUUAGAAGUUAGUAUCCAUUAAGUAAAAAGCUAAGUAAGGUGGAAAGGAAGCUGAAGCAUGUUAGCAACAGCUAGUACUGAAUUGGUAUUUAUGAUAAUAAGAAAUAGUUAAAAGCAUAGAGUUGCUUUACUAGUUAGCAUUUCUAAAAUUGGCAUAGGCCAUAUUUAAUGAACGUAUUUUUGAGCAUUACUGUUAGCAAUAUCCCUCUUCCCUACAUUUUUUGUUACUUGGCUUAAUUUUGUUGUAUUUUGUCCCUGUUAUGUUGCGUGUAUAUCUAUUCUGAAAACAAAUGUAAAAAUUAUUUCACACUACAAUGUCUCCUCUGCCCUUUUUGUUUUCACGCGUGAUAUGGUUAUCUUUAAACAUUAUUUUUAAAUCUUUACAAAUUCAUUCUCCAAAUAUACAUAAGCCUUCCAUAUGUGUUUAGGUUAUGCUACAACUGAGGAUCUUUGCAAGGGU